UGGUCGUCCCGCCAUGGCACUGUCGCGGGGACUGCCCCGGGAGCUGGCCGAGGCCGUGGCCGGGGGCCGGGUGCUGGUGGUGGGUGCCGCUGGGUGUAUCGGCUGAGAGCUCCUCAAGAACCUUGUGCUCACCGGCUUCUCCCACAUCGACCUGAUUGAUCUGGAUGCUAUCGAUGUCAGCAACCUCAACAGGCAGUUUUUGUUUCAAAAGAAACAUGUUGCAAGAUCAAAGGCCCAGGUUGCCAAAGAAAGUGUACUGCAGUUUUACCCAAAAGCUAAUAUCAUAGCCUACCAUGACAGCAUCAUGAACCCUGACUAUAAUGUGGAAUUUUUUCGACAAUUUAUAUUGGUUUUGAAUGCUUUAGAUAACAGAGCUGCCCGCAACCAUGUAAAUAGGAUGUGUCUGGCAGCUGAUGUUCCUCUUAUUGAGAGUGGAACUGCUGGUUACCUUGGGCAAGUAACUACCAUCAAAAAGGGUGUAACUGAGUGUUAUGAAUGUCAUCCCAAACCUACCCAGAGAACUUUCCCUGGCUGUACAAUUCGUAACACCCCUUCUGAACCUAUUCAUUGCAUCGUUUGGGCAAAGUAUUUGUUCAACCAGUUGUUUGGGGAAGAAGAUGCUGAUCAAGAAGUAUCCCCUGACAGAGCUGACCCUGAAGCUUCCUGGGAACCAAUGGAAGCUGAAGCCAGAGCCAGAGCAUCUAACGAAGAUGGUGACAUUAAACGUAUUUCCACUAAGGAAUAGGCUAAAUCAACUGGAUAUGAUCCAGUUAAACUUUUUACGAAGCUUUUUAAAGAUGAUAUCCGGUAUCUGUUGACAAUGGACAAACUGUGGCGGAAAAGGAAACCUCCGGUUCCGUUGGACUGGGCUGAAGUACAAAGUCAAGGAGAAGAAACCAACGCAUCAGAUCAACAAAAUGAACCGCAGUUAGGUCUGAAAGACCAGCAAGUUCUAGAUGUAAAGAGCUAUGCAUGUCUUUUUUCAAAGAGCAUUGAGACUUUGAGAGUUCAUUUAGCAGAAAAAGGGGAUGGAGCUGAGCUCAUAUGGGACAAGGAUGACCCAUCUGCAGUGGAUUUUGUCACCUCUGCUGCGAACCUCAGGAUGCCUAUUUUCAGUAUGAAUAUGAAGAGCAGAUUUGAUAUAAAAUCAAUGGCAGGGAACAUUAUUCCUGCUAUCGCUACUACUAAUGCAGGGAUUGCUGGGUUAAUAGUAUUGGAAGGAUUGAAGAUUUUAUCAGGAAAAAUAGACCAGUGUAGAAAAAUUUUUUUGAAUAAACAACCAAACCCAAGAAAGAAGCUUCUUGUGCCUUGUGCACUGGAUCGUCCUAACCCUAAUUGUUACGUAUGUGCCAGCAAGCCAGAGGUGACUGUCCGGCUGAAUGUCCACAGAGUGACUGUUCUCACAUUACAGGGUAAGAUAGUGAAAGAAAAAUUUGCUAUGGUAGCACCAGAUGUCCAAAUUGAAGAUGGGAAAGGAACAAUCCUAGUAUCUUCAGAAGAGGGAGAGACAGAAGCUAAUAAUCACAAAAAGCUGUCAGAAUUUGGAAUUAGAAAUGGCAGCCGGCUUCAAGCAGAUGACUUCCUUCAGGACUACACUUUAUUGAUCAACAUCCUU